GGCGGCCGGGUUUGAGGGGAGCACUCGGUGGUGUCUGUUCAGCUUCCUGUCGGCGGGGAAGUUGGGGCUUCGCAGCGUUUAGCGCCCGUAGACAGAGGGGGGAUCUGUUCAUUUUCAAGACAUAUUUGACCCAGAGAUCUGUUUUCUACCCGGCACCGCCUCUGCAGAGUUCGGCCACUGCACUCAUGGCCGGGAUUUUGCGCUCGGUGGUUCAGAGGCCUCCGGGCAGACUACACACUGUGACAAAAGGUGUGGAGUCUCUCGUUCGUACAGAUUGGAUUCGUCAUAAAUUUACCAAGUCAAGAAUUCCAGAUAAAGUGUUUCAGCCUUCUCCAGAAGAUCAUGAAAAAUAUGGUGGGGAUCCACAGCACCCUCAUAAACUGCAUAUUGUUACCAGAAUAAAAAGUACAAAAGGCCGCCCAUAUUGGGAAAAAGAUGUAAUAAAGAUGCUUGGAAUAGAAAAGGCGCACACUCCUCAAGUUCACAAGAACAUCCCUUCAGUGAACGCGAAACUGAAAAUGGUUAAACAUUUGAUAAGAAUCAAGCCCCUGAAGUUGCCACAAGGACUCCCCACCGAGGAGGACAUGGCUCACACCUGCCUCAAGAGCAAUGGGGAGUUGGUAGUACGGUGGCAGCUAAAACCCGUGGAACAGAAAGCAAUUAAGCCCUAAUGCCAGAGCUGUUCCAGAUUGAAAAGUGCAAAUCAUUUUUAUUUAAAGAUGUUAGAAGUGUUCUCAUUAAAAAAUAUUUUAAAUGCUA